AUGGCGUGGCGACACGUGGCGACCAAUGUCACUCCACUGCCCCAUCAGCUUCGGCUUCAAGACUCAGCCAACUUUGGCUCCAAUUUUGGUUACUUGAGCCGCAAGGCACCGCGAGUGAGGUGUCCUACUCACGUCGGUUCCGCGGCCGGCGGGGCAAACUUCGCCGCGACAUGGAAACCUAAAGGAGAAAUGAGCCAAGAGAAGAGAGCCCCCUCGGAAAAACCUAAGUCUGGGGGAACUGAAAGUAAGAAAAAAGUAAAGGAGAAGAAGGAUAUAUUCGAGAUACGGUCAUUGAUAACAGGAGAGUUCCCGCGAUUUUCAAACCUCUCCACCAGAGUUGUUCUUUUGUUUGCUUGGGGACAAGCAAAGUCUAAGUCUGGGGAGUUGAUAACACGGCUUUUUAGCCCGUUUUAG